CUGGGCGCCAUCACAUUGCUCGUUCCUGCAACCAACAUCUCAAUCCCCUCUAGGUUACCUGGCCUGUUGCCGUACCUUUUCUUUUCGCGAUGUGGUCGAAAAUCACCAAUGCUCUCAAAUAUCGGCCGUCGAACGAUGAUCAGGACUCAUCGUGGAACCAAACUGAUGUAAUGUCGAGGGUGUUGGAGCAGCAUCCCAACAUGUCCGUUUUCCAUGGAGAGGCGGACACCUCUAUUUCUGUGCCCAGUCCUCCAGCGUCUCCCUCGAAGAAUGGAAGGCGCUCUAUAUUCAGACGGACGAACAAGGGGAAAGACGAUGACUCCAUAAGGGCGCCGUCGCCAUCGCCACUGGCGCUUGGAUUAUCGAAGAAGGUAAAGUCAUCUCUCGAUCUCAUAGGCAAUGAAUCUCAACGCUCACUCAGUCGUGCCACAGUUGAACGUCCCGUUCAUUCCCCUGAUAUGGGGCGCCGCCCCUCCCAAGAUCUCUUACGACCAUCAAUGGAUGCUGGUCGAUCUACGCCCACCCCUACACUACCACGCUCUUCUUUGGAUAUCCUCAACAAAUCUCAGAAUGAAUCUAUUCAGCCAUCUCAUAACGAGGAUCCUAACGAUCCUAGAUACGGUUCCGUCCGUUCUAUCCUGCGCGAACCAAAUACCCCUGGUACAGGCCAGAACGUUCGCUUCUUUUCUCGGGACGCGUACAAAACGAUCAGUCCAGACCAAUCUAUGGACUCAGACUCCAUGCCAAUGCAACAGCUCUCGCCUCAGUCACAAUCUCAGCCGCUACUCAACGGGUCACCCACAGACCGUUUUCAGGAGCUCAGCCCACUCCCGAAUGCCUUGACCGCUGUUCCCCGUUCCGCAUCUUCGUCUAAGGCGGGUCGUCCUUCUCUGGGUGAAGUUUUCUCCCCCAUAGGCGGGGUAAGCUCCCCCAUUUCGCCUUUUUCACCGAAGGAAAACGCUUCGACACCAGCACUCGCCUCUCCCUCUGCCCCAAAUAACUCCAACAUAUUCGACGUUUCUCAGGAUAUCCAACUUCCCAAUUUCGCGCCGCCCGGCCUUAGUUUUUCUAUGGAUGAACCAUCACUUGCCAAAGGAAGCGAUACCCACGAAUCGAAUGUUGCUCAAGGAGGCUUCCAAGGCAAAGCGAUGACUUCUACGCCCUUCGCUAACAAGGGGAAAGGCAAAGAAAGAGCAGCCGAGACCGAGGAGGAGAAAGAGAACGCCGUUCCUAUCGAAGUUGAUGAGGCAGUGUUCCACUCUAGAGAAAAGUCUCUGAAUCGGUCUGCCCCUCUUCAUGACCGUAGCCAGUCUUUCAGUUUCGGUCAAACAGUCUUCUUUUCUAUGGACGAUAAGUCCAAACGGUCCUCUAAUGCGUCCACCGCCCCGUCUGUCACGUCUAACGACGCAAAGAAUUCCGCUCCUUCUAACGACUCACCUCAUUCUUCCGACAACAAAAACCGAAGUCGAGCACUGAACGAUACCGUUUUCCAGUCGCUAAUGAAAUCCACGACCUCUGCUUCUUCCCACGCUUCUUCAAAGGGUCAACCAGAGGCAGAUAUUAACGAUGAAUCGUCUGCCGAUCUCGUUGUGUACUCUGAGAAGGCACCCGAGCCUGAUCCCUUCAGUGCAGGUGCAAAGACGUACUAUACCCCGCAGGCCAACAUCCCAGUUACACCUCCGCGCGGUGCUCCGAGUCAUGUACGAACGGCCUCCAAAGAAGAUAACGUCCUAUUCUCUCUUCAAACGCAGCUUUCGCUGCAACAGGAGCUCUGUGGACAGUACGAGACAGAUCUUCGCGCUCGGGACGAACUCGUUGACAUCUUGGGAAAAAAACUUGCGGAGGUUGAGAAGGAAGAUACGAAACGCAAGGGCGUCCUACGAGCGUGGAAAAAGAAGGUUGCCGAGUUAGAGAAAACUUGCCGCUACCUAGAGGACGAGGUAGACAGUGCGAGGCAAGAGAGCUUUGAGAGAAGUAUGCUUGAUACCUGCAGCGAGGAAGCCUUGACGGCACUUCAGAAGAGGAUCGUAGAUCUGGAGAGGGAGAAGGCAUCUUGGAGGCGCAUGGAGGAAAUGUUCCGAGAGGAGGUUGCCACAUUAGAAGCUCUGGUGAAGGAAAGGUCUGACGAUGUCAUGAGACUGAAGGAAGCGUUGUGGACUCAGGAGGAAGAGGAGCAACGUUUCGAAAAGAGUCUCCGGCCUUUGCAGGAGGAGGUCGAGCAGUUGGGCAACGUCAGCAUUGUUUUCGACGAUGAAUUCAAGAAGCAUAUGAUGGAGAAGGAGAAGGAGCAGGAAGGCGAGAAGGAGCGAUACACGUUAGCGCAGGCCGAGUGGGACCAAGAACGCCAGGAGCUCCACCUUGCGAUUGAGAGACUCGAGAUAGAAAAGGCGGCGUUGAAGAGUGAGGCCGAGGCUGCCAGGAAGGACGCCAAGGAUGAUAAGGACGAACUACGUAUGGUGAAGGCUGAACUCGAAUCCCAGUGGCGCCUUUCGGAGGCUGCUACGGAUAAGAUACAGGCACUUGAAACGGCGAAGACGACAUUGGAGAAACAAUGCGAUGUCCUUCAAGUCGACGUAGCCGAGCUAAACGCUAAGAUUGAUCGAAUGGAGGUCGACUACAACGAUAGUGUCAACAGGCGCGCUGAAGUCGAGCAGCAAGUAUCAGAACUUUGGGAUCGUAAUGCCGACCUCGAGAGGGAGCGAGAUGAGCUUCAUGAACGACUGGAGGAAGAGGAGCGUGCUGCAGAUCUGGCCCAGUGCCUUCAUGAACGCGAUGAACAGAUUGCGGCGCUUGAGCAACAGCAUGAAAGCGAGAUAACACGACUUGCGGAUGAGUUAGGCAAACGAGAUGAAGAGGCGGCUGAAUACAGUCGUCGGAGUGCGCAGAGGCAAGCCGAGUUGGAGGAGCUGCAUAGUCAGAAGAUGAAUAUGCGCCAGGAAAUGGCACGCAUGCAGGAAGAACACGCCAGGGCGCUUGAAGAGGCAGCCCGGCGUGAAGGCGAGAGCAAAGCGUGCGCAGAGAUGGCGCUGAAGGAAAAGGCACAGGACGUUGGUGCCUUGAAGGAUGAGGUUGAGCGUCUGCGAAGGCAUAUGCAGGAGCUCCAGCAGGAUAGCGCCAACAAGGAUUUGAAGUUGACGCAGAUGCACAAGGAGAGGGAGAAAGACCGCUCUGAUGUUGAUGGGUUGAAUAUGGCGUUGGAUGCAAAACAACAAGAACUAGAGCUGAUCAAACGGAAACUACAUGUGCAGGGUACAGCUGGCUCUACUCCUGCUCGCCCGGCGGCUAAUCAAGCCAACCCUCAACGACGCCAAUCGAUGAUGGCUACACCUCGUUCACGACCGCCGUCUGUCAUGUCAGAUUCGGGGAGGGAAAGUGUUAUGUCGAAUUCCAGCCACAUCAGUCGACCUUCGCUCGAGAAAAUGGGGCCUUCUGCUGUCGCAAAGACUCCAAUAGUCAGCAAGACUCCGGCCCUGAUGAAAAGUGCGCGCAUGAACAGCCUUAGCACCCCGACACCUGCAGCAAGCUCAUCGACGAAAGCAGGACCCCUGGUUUCUAAAUCUUCGCGUGCUGGUGAAAGAUCGAUGGGUCCACCUCCCGACAAGCUCCGCCAAUCACUCUCAGGUAGACCUCCUACCCUCUCUCGUUCUACUUCUGGCCGGCCUUCUCUGUCCACUUCCACGAGUUCUACUCCUCACCGGCGGCCCUCUCUGACCUUGGAGAAAACUCUUGCAAAGGUCAAGGUUCCAACCACUGUGCCCGGCUCUAUUGCGUCGGUGUCCGAGGGAGAGGAAAAGGAAAACAAGUCGCAGGUACCGACCUUUGCCUGAUUCCUGUCUCUCUUAAGCAGAAUAAUAAAUAUCCCUCACCUCUCUUAUUUAUCAGAUUUAUGUGCUGUGUGGACACUCUUGAUAUCUACAUUAUCCGUAUGUCAUUGUCGAUAUGUAUAUCUAUGUCUUGUCUCGCUGUGAUAUCUCCCAAGUUUUGUUGUCGCAUUUAAAACUUCUAUUGCGUAGGCGCUUUAUGUUACAUAUCCUUUUGUCCUAAGAUUCACAGCUUGUACCGUAAUACUUAUCCAAGUAUCUGUAUGUCCGAAAUUACUUUUGGUUGCGUCGUCGAGCCUUUGCUUCGUAUACGGGUACUUGCCCUAAAAACUGUUCCAAUAUGAAGGUAGCUACGUGCUUUUCCUCCAGAUUUUAUCUAUCAGGUUUGACUCC